UGGGAAUGUUUCCCAGCAUUUUUGAAGAUGGUGAAGCCAUUCUGGAGGUAGGAGGAAGUUUGGGUUAGAGGAAAGAUUCUGAGUUUAGCAGGACACAGGCCAUGUGAGGGCCUCGGGGACGCAGAAAUGCAGCUCUGGUCUCAGGAUAGAGGCCCUGGCAGGAGGUAGAACCUGGAUACUUGGUUCUGAGGGCAACAGAGAGCCAUGGGAGGGUUUGGAGCAGAGGAGGAGCAGGAUUAGAUGUGGGUAUCUGAGGCUGAAGGCAAGACAGAGUGGAAGGGGCCAGGAGGCUGGGGAUGAGGAAGCCUGCUCUCUGGCUGUGGCCCUCAGAGGUGGGGCUCUGAGAAAGGUCGCCUCACCCUCCUCCAGGAAGUCUUCCUGGCUUUGUCCCACAAAUUUGCUACCACAUUUUUAGCUGAGAAUCUUUACUUCAUUUUCCACUUAGGGGUGGGGAGUGCAGGGAUCAGGCUGACCAGCUAAUGAAGAGUGGGGUGGGGUGGGCACCUCAGCCACCACAUCGGGGUUGGGGAUCCUGGCACCUCCCUCUGGGUCUGGCUCCCUUCCCCUCCCAGGAAGCUAAGCUACCAGUCCUGUUGGACUCGUCUCACCCGGGAGGGAGAGGUGCAGUCUUGGGUCUCACUCCAGUGUCCUUUCAGUAAGGCCAGCACCAUGGACACCCCACAGGCUCUGCCACUCUUCCUUCUGGCCUCCUUGAUAGGGGUCCUCACCCUCGGAUCCUCUUCUGGACUUCAGCAAACCAACUUCUCUUCCUUCUCUUCGGACUCAAAGAGCUCUUCUCAGGGGCUGGGUGCAGAAGUUCCCUCCAUCAAACCUCCCAGCUGGAAAUUUCCAGAUCAGUCCUUGGAUUCAAAAGGCUCUGCCGGAAUCUCUGAUUCCAGCUGGUUUCCUGAGGCCUUGAGUUCCAACAACAUGUCUGGAUCCUUCUGGUCAAAUGUUUCUGCUGACGGCCAAGAUUUGAGCCUGGAUUCCCCCUUCUCUGAAACCCCUGGUUCUGAAGUAUUUCCUGGUAUUUCGGAUCCUCAGGUUCCUGCCAAAGACCCCAAGCCUCCCUUCUCUGUUAAGACCCCACCUUCAAACAUUUCUAUUCAAGUCCCCAAUACCAAAGUAUCUGUUGAGGCCCCAGAUUCAAAAUUCUUCCCUGAUGACAUGGAUCUUAAACUCUCUGCCCAGAGCCCUGAAUCCAAUUUUUCUGCAGAGACCCACUCAGCUGCAAGCAUCCCCCAGCAGGUGGGGGGCCCACUCGCUGUGCUGGUGGGGACCACCAUCCGGCUUCCCCUGGUCUCAGUCCCCAGCCCUGGGCCCCCUGCUCCUCUGGUGGUCUGGCACCGGGGCUCUAAGGUGCUGGCAGCUGGUGGCCUGGGUCCAGGGGCACCUCUGAUCAGCCUGGACCCUGCUCACCGAGACCGCCUGCGAUUUGACCAGGUCUGGGGGGUUCUGGAGCUCUCCUCUGCCCAGCUGGAUGAUGCAGGGGUCUACACGGCUGAGGUUAUCCGGGGAGGGGUCUCCCGGCAGACUCAGGAGUUCACUGUGGGUGUGUAUGAACCCCUACCCCAGCUAUCGGUUCAGCCCAAGGCCCCAGAAACAGAAGAGGGGGCGGCCGAGCUCCGGCUGCGCUGCCUGGGGUGGGGGCCGGGUCGUGGGGAGCUGAGCUGGAGCCAGGAUGGACGAGCCCUUGAGGCGGCGGACCCGGAGGGAGCCGAGCCGCCCCGGAUCCGCUCAGAGGGAGACCAGCUGGUCAUCACGCGCCCUGUGCGCAGCGACCACGCCCGGUACACUUGCCGCGUCCGCAGCCCCUUCGGCCACCGGGAGGCUGCCGCCGACGUCAGCGUCUUCUACGGCCCGGACCCGCCGAUCAUCACGGUCUCCUCGGACCGCGACGCCGCACCUGCCCUCUUUGUCACUGCGGGCAGCAACGUGACCUUGCACUGCGCUGCCGCCUCGCGGCCGCCCGCCAACAUAGCGUGGAGCCUGGCGGACCCGGCCGAGGCCGCGGUGCCCGCUGGGCCGCGCCUCCUGCUGCCCGCGGUCGGGCCGGGCCACGCAGGCACCUACGCCUGCCUGGCUGCGAACCCGCGCACCAGCAGCCGCCGCCGCUCGCUGCUCAACCUCACGGUGGCAGACCUGCCCCCCGGGGCCCCACAGUGCUCCGUCGAAGGGGGUCCCGGGGACCGCAGCCUCCGCUUCCGCUGCUCGUGGCCCGGCGGGGUCCCUGCCGCCUCUUUGCAGUUCCAGGGUCUUCCUGAAGGCAUCCGCGCCGGGCCGGCGUCCUCCGUGCUGCUGGCGGCAGUCCCCGCCCACCCCCGGCUCAACGGCGUCCCCAUCACCUGCCUUGCUCGCCACCUGGUGGCCACGCGUACCUGCACCGUCAUCCCGGAGGCCCCCCGAGAGGUGCUGCUGCAUCCGCUGGUGGCAGAGACACGGUCAGGGGAGGCAGAGGUGGCACUGGAGGCCUCUGGUUGUCCCCCACCCUCAAGGGCAUCCUGGGCCCGAGAAGGGCGGCCCCUGGCUCCAGGAGGCGGGAGUCGCCUGCGGCUCAGUCAAAAUGGGCGGAAGCUGCUCAUCGGCAACUUCAGCCUGGAUUGGGACCUGGGAAAUUACUCCGUGCUGUGCAGUGGGGCACUGGGUGCUGGCGGUGACCAGAUCACCCUCAUUGGACCCUCCAUAUCCUCGUGGAGGCUUCAAAGAGCCCGAGAUGCAGCUGUGCUGACUUGGGAUGUGGAGCGAGGGGCCCUGAUCAGCAGUUUUGAGAUCCAGGCAUGGCCAGAUGGGCCUAAUCUGGGCAGGACUUCAACCUACAAGGACUGGGUCUCCCUGCUUAUCCUGGGGCCUCAGGAGCGGUCAGCCGUGGUGCCCCUUCCAUCUCGGAACCCAGGGACCUGGACUUUUCGGAUUCUGCCCAUGCUGGGGGACCAGCCAGGGACUCCAUCGCAAAGCCGGGUCUACCAGGCCGGACCCACGUUGAGCCACGGGGCCAUUGCUGGCAUCGUUCUGGGCUCCCUACUGGGCCUGGUGCUGCUGGCCAUACUCCUCCUCCUUUGCAUCUGCUGCCUGUGCCGCUUUCGGGGAAAGACUCCUGAGAAAAAGAAGCACCCCUCUACCUUGGUCCCCGUGGUCACCCCCUCAGAAAAGAAGACGCACAGUGUGACCCCAGUGGAGAUUUCAUGGCCUCUGGACUUCAAAGUCCCACUGGAGGACCACAGCCCAAUUAGGGCCCACCAAGCCAUAGACCCCAGUCCAGUUGCCUCUGUAGGUGGAGGCCCGAAGACUGUUCGGGCAGCCACGCAGGUGUGAACAGAGCCAGUGGCCUGCCCUGCACAGGGCAUUUUGGGUCAGAACUUCCUAUGUCACUUCAGCAGCAGGCAGGGCCUGCUGUGACUGAUGAUUGGACCCUGAAAGUGGGACUUUCUGUCUCCCUCUCAUGCUGCAGAAGAGGAGUCUUCCUGUAUUUGUGCAAGUAAGGAGAUGUGACUGCUUGGCUGGGAAAGUCCUGCUGAUCUAACAGUGUGGUUUGCACAACCUCCAAGGCCCUGCAGCAGACAGGCAGGGCUUGCUGUGUUGCUCUGAACUAGAGAGGGAGCUUGGCCUUGUUCUCUGAAAAGAUCCCCCUACAUUCACUUUGCCACCUGUAGGCUACACCCCAUCCAGCUUCCAGCAUCUUCAUCUUAAAAACAGAUCAGAUCACGUCCCUCUUCUCUUUAAUCCUUCUGUGGCCUGUGCAUUUCCCUUCAGAUACUACCCAAAGUCCUCAUCGUGACCUUCAAAGCCUUGUGGUCUGGCUUUUGUCGGCCUCCCUGACCUCCCUUCCCAAGAUGUUCUCUGCCCCCUGACUCUAGUAUCACAGGCUGUCUCUCAGCCGCAGUUGAUUUUGCCCCUAGAAUUUGCUCUGCUUAGAACACUUCUUUUUCCCGUAUGUUAUUCAUUUCUCAAGUCUAAGGGUAACAAUUGCCAUCUCAGAUGACGAUUCCCUUACCCCUCCCUUAGUCUUGGGUUAAGUCACAGAAUCCUUGAAUUUGCCGUUCCUGAUACAUAAAUAUGUAAUUACUUGUGUGGCCUCAGACGCUCUCUGUAAACUAAGGGCUUCACGAAAGCAGAGACCACAUCAUUAUCUCUGCACUUAACCCAGAGCCUGGCACAUAGCAGGCAAUCAAUAAAUAUUUGUUGACUGAUCAAAUGUUUUGAUGCCAGUGAAGAGUUGGGCUUGCUGCUGCUGUCUUCAGCAUAAGUUAUGCUUUUUCAGCUGAGUUUCUAAUUGAGAAUUUAGAGAGUGCGUUGGUGAGGAUUCUUUUGGCCGCAGGAACAAAAUGCUGGCAAGGAAUAUG